AUGGAUGAACAAAAACAAAUCCUGGACCUAAUGGAAGACAGAAGGAAAGCAAACGAUGUAAAUAAAUACAAGGAACUGGACAAAUUGGUAAAGAAGAAAUGUAAUGCAGCAAAGGAAGAAUGGAUAAAUAAGGAGUGCACUGAAAUCGAAAUGAACACAAACAUCGAUAGCAAACUCUUGCACAAAAAGAUACAAGAAGUGAAAGGAAAGAAAGCUACAGCGAAAACUGGCUGCCUAAAGUCUAAAGAUGGUGCUAUUCUUAAGGAAAAGGAGGAUAUUCUAAACCGAUGGUCUGAAUACAUUGAGGAGCUCUUUCACGAUGACAGAGGCCCACCACCUGAGAUUAGUAAUAUAGAUGAAGGACCUGUAAUCCUCGAAGAUGAAGUACGCAAUGCCUUUAGAAAGAUGAAGAGUGGUAAAGCACCAGGACCUGAUGACAUCCCAUCCGAAUUGAUAAUUGCAUUAGAUGAACUGGCAAUUAAGGCGGUUACAAAUUUACUGAACAGUAUCCACGACUCAGGCAACAUCCCAGAGGACAUGAAGAAGUCUAUAUACAUUGCAAUUCCUAAGAAACCAGGUACAGUCGAAUGCGAUCAACACAUGAACAGAAUGAGAAACAAAAUACUACCAGAAAUAUCAGAGACACAAUUUAGAUUCAUGGCUGACAAAGGAACAAGAAAUGCAAACUUGAUGACUCUCAUGGAAAGAUCCACCGAGGAAGCAGCCAUCAGAGUCGAUCAUGACUGCAGCGAAUAA